ACUCCCUCUCUGUCAGCGUUGUGGGACUGAAGUACUUAACGAGACGCUCCGAUCUCUUUCUGACAAUUGUCCUCCACAGGGGCUUGGCAGGAUCCAGUUUCAGUCGCUUAUAGAAAAGCCCGCUACGCGCCUGACCGUAUUCCAAAACCCAGGAGUCAAAAUUCUCUCACAUAAAACUUAAACUUCUGUUAAUUCGUCUUUCAACCCAACCCGCGCAAGCAAAUCGACAUCCAAGAUGGAACCUGGCAUGGCAGAUCCGGGGUUCCCCACUAGCCCCACCGCAGCAAAUGCAGCCCCUCCUAGCAUGCCCGGUUUACCGGGCAUCCGUUUUGAUCCCAUCUACUUUCGUUCUAUUCCUGGGAUACUGAAGUGUGUUCAGAUGGUGUUGAACCUAGUGGGCUAUAUCUGCGUGAUGUGUUCCGUGCAAUCCGAUGCCUACACGGCCAGUUGGUUCUCCUUCGUGUCCAUGACUGGCUUUUGGGUGACAGGAAUCCUGCUUGUGCUUUACCUUAUGCAUGUACUUGAGAAGUUCCACAUGGUUCCGUGGGUCUUGCUGGUAAGUACUUUGACCUCACAGCAUGAUGCACGACGGGUAACCUCCUCCUCUCCACUUUGCGUUCUUCAGGUGGAUUAUGGUAAUCCACUAUGCGGUAUACCUGUUGUUCCUACGUCUGCUGAUCACGAAGACCAUGACGCUGUGGUCUGGCUGUGA